AUAUAUAUAUAUAUAUAUAUAUAUAUAUAUAGUAAAACACCUAUAUACCAUGGAUGAAAACGGGUCAAAUCCAAGGUAUAUCAGCUUUUAUCUGAGUUCUUCAAAACAUGCAAUGAUCACUGAUAAUUUGAUUGCAUCCUCUGGUGCCUUGGACGAUUUCUUGAUUAAAAUGAUGCUGGAACAGAAAUCACUUGAAACUGAAACUGAUUUUUGUGAUUCUGUUUUGCAGUCUGAUCUCUUGAGUUCUGAAACUAAUAAAACAUGGCAUUUUCUGAGAUCAAUUCUUGAUAAUUGUGUUGUUUUGAGCCUUGAUGAUAUUGUGCUUUACAACAUUUUCUUUGAAAAACACUUAAGUCUUUGAUAGUUGAUUCUCAAUCUGAACUUUAGCUUGUGUGUUCAGAUGUUGAGCAGGAUAUGCACGACUUGAAAAUGAAUACUAUUGUUUCAUAUCUUGAUAAAAUUCUGGUCUGUAAUGUCUACUUUGAUGUGCAUCUUGACAAGCUGAAAUGUGUAUUACUUGUUCUUGUAAAAGAUAUCUUGAGUUUUUAUUUGAACAAGUAUUUGUCUUGCACAUUUGAUCCUAGUAUUUUAGUGUUUGUUUUGAGUAUCCAGGAAAGACAGGUUCAGCUUCUGAGAAAUGAAAGCAUUGACCGUUCCCAACAGCCUGAGAUUUGGAGAAGCUUUGUUGUCCAAACCGGCUACCUUGGAGUUGCCAGCGACAGGGGUUCAGUACAAACGGAUAUCUCAACAUUCAGAAGCUUCACGGAGGAAGGAGUUAUGAAUUUUCCGAACUGGAGAUUCUCCAGCCCGUCUAUCCGCGAGUACCAGACUUAUAAAGGAGAUUCAGGCCCAAGAAAGAAGCGGCCUGAGCCAAAACCGAUCCUCCAUGAACAAAAGGAUAAGCAUGAUCAUUUCCCAAGGAGAACAAGCAAUGAUGGACUCCAAAGGACUUGGAAUUACUUGAUGAAAACGACUUCAAAACUCCAAGGAAGUUUCUGUCAAAUCUUUUUAUUCACUGAAUUUCUCUUGAAUUUUGAUUCUUUUGUAUCUGAUUUCUUUCCUUUUGAUAUAGGUACAAUGGAUUUGAGGACAAAUCCUUUUGAAGUAGGAGAGUAUGAUGUGCCCCAGUCCGCGGACCAGUCCAAAGAAUCAGACCAGCAUGAAGUUCAGGACAUUCUGAACAUUUUAUCCGAGGUUCAUAUUUUUCACCAUACUGGCCAGACUGACCAGACAGUAUACUGGACCGUCCCACAUGCAUCCGGAAUGGUGCUUUGCCUGGAACCAUGGCCAGAUGACCGAUUUUACCGUACUGGACUUUGUCUUCCCUGUCCUGUUUUGCAGUUUAAGAUCAACGGUCACGCCAUGCAGAUUCGAAUUUGAACGAGUGGAUUCCGAAUUAGUUCGUGCCACUUCAUUUCUGGUUAGUUUGGACUGUACUGGCCGCGUACUGACCCUGUCCGUAGGACAUGCUGAAGAUUCAUUGAACCUGGACGUUAGCCGAAGAGUCUCUUUGAUCGGAUCUGAAAUCUAAAUACAUUGUCUUUAAUUUUCAGAUCCAGAUCUAGAUCGAUCAUUAAUAGUAUAAAUAUGCAAACACUUCUCAUAAUAAAAUCAUUCCAUUUUUCUUUCAGCUUUUUGAGUCUUUAGUCUUUGUUCUUUGAUUAGAACUUUUCUUGUUUUCUUGGUGUGGUUAGCUCCAAGCAAACGCCCUUGUCCGUUGGUCUUGUGAGUCAUAUCAAGCAACGGUUCAAAAUCGCCUCUUUGUUGGACUGGUGAGUCACAUCCGGAAACAAUCUGGUUCGGGAAUAUCUAAGGGCACUCCGCAACCUUUUUGCGACCCCUCAUUCUCUCAGAUCUCCUCUUGGAGUGGACAAAAAUCUAUUAUAGACCAAAUGGUCAAAAAAAAAUCUACAACAUCCAAAAAUAAUCUACAUGGACCAAUUAAAGAGAAAUGACGAUUUUGCCAUUAAUGAAAGAGUAAUAUGAACCAUUGGAUCAUCACAUCUAUGUUUUAAUCUUGGUCAUACAAUUUCACACAUGUCUUAUUCUCUCUCAUUCCCUUUCUUUAAUCUCAGCCACUCACAUCCACACAAUCUUUCUUAUCUCAUUCUCUCAUUCGAGUUGGUAAAACUAGUAUAACUGGUACAACUAAAUAUUUUUAAAAAUUAUAUAAUUGGUAUAUAAAUGUUAUAAUUUACACAUGAAAUAAAAAAAAUAAAUAUUAUAAUUGGUAUAUGAUGACAAAAAUGUCAUCUAUUUCAUUUAAGAUUUUUCAAAUUUUUGUUAAAUUAUUGCAUUACACACUUAAUUUUAUAUUAUAUACUUUAUACUUUUAAGGUUAUUAACUAUAUUAUCCAUAUUUUUAUGAUAAUCAAAUAUCGAACAUAUUUUACAAAGCUAUGAUGUGAAAAUAUUGGUACAACCCUUAUAACUAGACAUAUAAACAAUAUAUAUAACUUUUAUUAUAUAUUAGAUGAGUAUUACUGGUACAACUGGUACAACUUCGAUGUUUCAGAAAUUAAGAAAAUAAAUUUGGUAUUUCAUAUGAGAAAAACAAUCAUAUAUCCCAGUUGGUAUGUACUUGUAAAGUUUCUCUUAAUUUAAUUUGAAGUUUUAGAAAAAAAUAUAAAAAUUAUUACACAAUUUCAAAAGUUUACAUGAUUUGCCUUAUACUUUUAAUGUUUGUUAACUUGUUUGUCCACAUAAUUUUUGGAAAACAUACAUGAAAUGUAAUUUUACAAAACUGAUGAUUUCAUUGUAACCGGGCAAAGACAUGUAAACAUGAAUAAGUGGUACAACUGAGGUAAAUGUAUUUAUUAUGUGGUACAACUAAUAUUUUAUGAUUUCACUGCCAAAGUACAACUAUGCACAAACUAGUACAACUCAAAAACUAGUACAACUAGAAAACUGGUACAACUACUUGUUAUUUUAUUUAGUAUUAUUUUCAAUAUGCAUCACAUUGUAACUUAAAUAUAUCAUCCCAUUGAAAUAUGUAAUUAUAGAUUAAAAUUAUGCUAUGAAUAUUAUGUAUUAUUUACAUUAAUAUAUUUUCUUGCAAUAUAUUUGACUUAAUAUUAUUUACUAGUUAUUUUUUAAUAAAUUUUCAUUAUAUAUUAAAUGUUUACUACUAGUACAACUCAUAUAACUAAAAAUAUAACCAUAUACUAGACAUGUAAUAUUGGUACUACUGGUUCAACUUCUUAAUUAUAGAAAGUUUAAAAUUCCAUUUGAUUUUUCAUACGAAGAAAACAAUCAAUUGACCAAAUUGGUUUGUGUUUAUAAUGUCUUUCCUAACUAUAUUUUUAUGUUUUUUUUGGCAAUUAUUACACUAUCUCAUAAGGCUCUAUGUUCCACCUUAUACUUUAAAUGUUUGUUAACUUGUUUGUCCACUAUAUUUUUGAAAAACAUAUCUGAAAUGUAUUUUAACAAGUCAACUGAUCACAUCACAUAAUCUCAGAUGAUCAUUAAUAAAAAAAAGAUCUAACAGAAAUAGAUAUGCUUAUAAGUUGUCUGAAUAAAUUGUAAAGUUGUAUUGGUUAUUCACAUUCUAAUUGUACCGGUUAUACGUAUUAUGUGUGUUAUAGUUGUACCUGUUAUACUAAUAAUAAACAUUCGAGUUGUGCCAGUUAUACUAGUUAUACGCAUUUUAGUUGUACUAGUUAUACUCGUUUGAGUUAUACUGGUUGUACCAGUAAUACUCUGUGUUCUUCAUUGUCUUGAAUAUCAUACACUGAUGAUGAAAUUUGGUUUAAAAUGGUAGAAAAUUGAUUGAAGAAGAUGAUGGGUUGAUCGAUUUGACAAAAAAAUGAUUAUGAUUGAUAGAUUUGAGAUAAGAAUGAUAGAAUCUAGAAUCUGAAAAUUUGUUUUUUAAUUUCAGUUUGGAAUGAAAGAAACAUCAAUGGAGAAGAAAACAAAAAUAAAAUAAAUAAUUGAUAAAGAAAACAAUCAUUGUUGAUGAAGAAUAUGCAGAUUGAAGAAGAGAA